GGUUUUCCACGGUGGCUUACUUGUAACUCCAUCGUCUUCUCCAUUCUCUUUGCUCAAACACAGAGCAUAGCAGAGAUAUAAUUAUGAUAGCUACUGCUAUGUCUCUCCUCCAGCACGUAUGCUCCGCCCCUCUCGCACGUGCGGCUCGGCCGCGCUCCUUAACCACCGGAGCUACCACCACUGUUACCGUCCCCGCUCCCAUCCCUUCCGCCGCAUCUCCCGCACGUGCCCCACGCGUAGACGCGCACGUACUCCUCGGCAUGUCGGAGCAGGAGCUUCAGCAGCUGGCCAGCAACUUUGGCCAGCAAAGCUAUAGAGGGAAGCAGUUACACCAUCUCAUUUACAAGAGGAAAGUUAAAGAGAUUCAAGAUUUCAGUCACUUGCCACUAGCAUUUAGGAAUGAUCUUCAAGAAGCUGGGUUUAAGGUGGGGAGGUCGCCAAUUUACAAAACUGUUACUGCAGCUGAUGGUACUAUCAAGUUAUUGAUAAAGCUGGCGGAUAACAGAUUGAUUGAGACUGUCGGGAUACCUGUUGAAGAUGGAAAGGGGUCGAUGCGCCUUACUGCUUGUGUCUCAUCACAGGUUGGCUGCCCAUUGCGCUGCUCAUUUUGUGCCACUGGAAAGGGAGGGUUUUCAAGGAAUCUUCAGAGGCAUGAAAUUGUCGAGCAGAUAUUGGCUAUUGAGGAGAUAUUCAAGCACAGGGUAACAAAUGUAGUUUUCAUGGGAAUGGGUGAGCCAAUGUUGAACCUGAAGUCAGUACUUGAGGCACAUCGCUGCCUGAAUAAGGACAUUCAAAUUGGGCAAAGAAUGAUAACAAUUUCUACUGUGGGGGUUCCAAACACAAUUAAAAGUCUGGCUGCUUGUAAACUCCAGUCAACUUUGGCUGUCAGUUUACAUGCACCGAACCAGAAACUUAGGGAAAAAAUUGUGCCUAGUGCAAAAGCCUAUCCCUUGGAGGCAAUUAUGAAGGACUGCAGGGAUUACUUCCAUGAGACCAGUCGGCGAGUGUCAUUUGAAUAUGCCCUUUUAGCUGGUGUCAAUGAUGCAAUAGAGCAUGCAAUUGAACUUGCAGAGUUGCUUCAUGAAUGGGGACGGGGUUAUCAUGUAAACCUGAUACCUUUCAAUCCAAUUGAAGGCUCUGAGUAUCAGCGUCCAUACAAAAAAGCAGUGCUAGCAUUUGCUUCUACUCUGGAGUCCAAAAAAAUAACAGUUAGCAUACGCCAGACGAGAGGGCUGGAUGCAAGUGCAGCUUGCGGUCAACUAAGAAACCAGUUCCAGAAAAAUCCUUUGCUCCUGGAGUCAGACAACCUACAAUCUCAACCAGGCAUAGCAGUUGAAUGUUGAUUAUGAACACAGAUGGAUGCACGUUCUUAUACCUACUUUGUCAUGUACCAUCCUCUUUAAUAUAUGAAGCUCACUGAAGUUUUGCCAGAUAAGGCAUAUGGUAUAACUGAUCACUGCCCCAGCUAGCUACAUUGAGUAUGUAAGUUGAAACUGUUGCACUACACUUUUUGACUGAGUUUCUUUUGUGCGAAAGGCAGAGUGGCAGGGGAGGAUUGAGGAAUUGAUUUUAGAUGGUUUCAUGUAGCUGAGUUACCAAACUAGAUCACCCACAACUUGCAAACGACGUGUAAGAUCAGGGAUCCCUUGGAUUUUUUUGUUUUGUGAGAAGGGAAGUUUGUUAUAGUUAUAUUCUUGAUAAUGUUAGGCAAAUAAUCCUGAUGGGUUGUUAAGUCUCUAUAUGAGACAGGCACUUCAAAAAGGCAUCUGUACAUAGAAUUUUGUUGAGUUAAUGAGAAUUUUGUUCUUGAUAGUU